AGAGAGAGAGAGAGAGAGAGAGAGAGAGAGAGAGAGAGAGAGAGAGAGAGAGAGAGAGAGAGUGUGUGUGUGUAGCACCAGCAGUCUGACAAAGCUGCGCUCCCCCGAAGUUUGACAUCCCCAGCGGGCUACAGAGGGAGUUGUGAACUGCUGCUGCCAUGGAGCCUCUGAAGUGUACCGGAUCAUUAUUUAUUGGAGUUUACCUGUGGGCCACAUUUUGCUGUCAAGGUUGUCAUAGCGGUGUCUACCAGAGGAAGCUGUACAACAACCUGAUGGUAAACUACAACCGUCUGGAAAGGCCCGUCCAAAACGACUCUGCACCAAUUGUUGUGGAACUGGGCCUCACACUGUUACAAAUCAUUGAUGUGGAUGAAAAGAACCAGGUGAUGAUCACAAACGCCUGGCUGCAGAUGUAUUGGACAGACAUUUACCUUUCAUGGAACCCAGACAACUACCCUGGGGUUCAGAACCUGCGCUUCCCUUCCAAUCUGGUUUGGGUCCCAGAUAUCCUCCUCUACAACAGUGCUGAUGAGAGGUUUGAUGCUACCUUCCAUACAAAUGUGUUAGUGAAUUACACAGGAUCCUGCCAGUACAUCCCACCAGGCAUCCUGAAGAGUACAUGCUACAUCGAUGUGCGGUGGUUCCCCUUCGAUGUGCAGAAGUGUGACCUCAAGUUUGGCUCCUGGACCCACAACGGCUGGCUGCUGGACCUGCAGAUGAUAGAAGCGGACAUAUCCACCUACAUACCCAACGGGGAAUGGGAUCUAGUAGGUGUGCCGGCUAAGCGUAACGAGCUGUACUACGACUGCUGUAAAGAGCCUUACCCCGAUGUGACGUUCACAGUCACUAUGCGCCGCAGGACACUAUACUACGGCCUCAACCUGCUCAUCCCCUGCGUGCUGAUCUCCGGUCUGGCCUUGCUGGUCUUCCUGCUCCCCGCUGACUCCGGAGAGAAAAUCUCACUCGGCAUCACAGUGCUGCUGUCUCUAACAGUGUUCAUGUUACUGGUAGCAGAGAUCAUGCCUGCCACUUCAGACUCCGUUCCUCUGAUCGCUCAGUACUUUGCUAGCACCAUGAUGAUUGUGGGCUUGUCUGUGGUGGUGACAGUCCUGGUGCUACAGUUCCACCACCAUGACCCCCAUGGAGGGAAGAUGCCUAAAUGGGUCCGAAUUAUCCUACUGAACUGGUGCGCUUGGUUUCUCCGCAUGAAGAAACCUGGAGAGGAAAGAAAAACAGCUGUGAGCUCCAGUAACCCAACAAACUACAAGUACACCCAGCCUCCUCCUCCUCCUCCUCCUUCUCACCAUACCAGCACCAACAACAUUCAGAUGAGCACCAUACCAGGGCAAGCGCCCACCCAGUCAACCACGACCAACGGGAACAUGAACCUGUACUUUGGAUACCACACGAUGGGUACAGAAAACCCUGCUUUCCCACUCAGCACCGAUUCAGGCGGGGUGGUGUGCAGUGGCGGCCAACCUAACGGCUCCUCCCUUCAAGAAAGCCACUCAGAACAGCUGCGGACUUUACCACCGGAGCAGGUUCCGCAGAUUUCACGGAUCCUGGACGAGGUGCAGUAUAUAGCCAGGCGUUUCCGGGAGCAGGACGAGGGAUUGGCUAUUUGCAGCGAGUGGAAGUUUGCGGCGGCGGUGGUGGAUCGGCUGUGCUUGGUGGCUUUCUCGCUCUUCUCCAUCAUCUGCACCUUCACCAUCCUCAUGUCGGCUCCCAAUUUCAUCGAGGCUGUGUCCAAGGACUUCGCAUAAGACUGCUCUCUUCCCUCUUCUUCCCGAGGAGGCAGCCCAGCUACAAAUACAUGAAGCCACACACGUUAUUAUAAAAGGGUCACCACAAUCAAACCUUUCCCUCCAUCUUCAAAUGUUGGUGGUUGUUUGGAGUUAAUUUGAUUCUUACCUUUCAAGGUGGCUCUUUCCUUGCUAGCAGUAUGCAUCGUAGGAGGUUGAAGCUACAUGCAGUGGUUAAUGAUCCAGAAACUCACACUAAUGCACUUUUCAAAUCUUUCCCUGCUCUACCCCAUCAUUUAUCUGCCAAUACCUGGGUUUCAUGUCCCAUCAGAGUACACACUUAUUCCCUUCCGGCUCUUUCUUAUCUGCUGCCUUUUUAUCCACUUCAAUUCCCAACUGUAGCACCUCUCAUCUGCAAAUGUCUUAAUGUUUUCAGGUGUUACUGCAGUAAAGUCCAUCAAGUUCAAAGUACAGUUUUAGGAAUAGAUUUUAAGGCCUGUUUUUCUAGCUAUUAUUUGCUAUUUUGUAGAUAUAAGUUACUUUAUGUAGUGAAGCUAAGAUCUUUUUUGGUUAAGUUGUUGAAAUUACUGAGAGCUCCAAGUGUUAACCCAUGGCCCUGUACAUCUCACUUGUCUUUUAACUAGAGCUGCGACUAAUCCUAUUUUAAUUUGUUAUUCAUUUUUAAAAACCUUGGUUAUUUCAUCAGUCUUAUUGUAUGUAUAUACAAUAUUUAGACUCUAAUUCCCAAGAUUCCAUGGCAAUUUAUCCAAUGAACAUUUCAAAGAAAUGCAUAUACUAUCGUAUAUGACAUUUCUUUUUCACAUUUGAGGAGGUGAAAAAAGCUAAUAUUUUGCUUGAAAAAUCACAAAAAUGAUCUUUAAAUAUUUAAAAUAGUUAAUUAACAAUCUUGAUUUGCAAGGUUAUUUCAGCUCAAAUAUAAAAAUGUCCAUCUUGAUCGGAUUGUUUCUUAUGUAGCCCUUUCUUGCCUUUAAUAAUUUCCUUGCAUUUUCUUUUUCCCAACCAAUGUUCUAUAUAUAUAUUUUUUUUGCAUAGAUUACAGUCAGCUUCUAUAUCCCUACAUGUGGAAAUGGUUUUACCAUUGCCAGUGAAAAACCAGAUCAGAGACAUGAACAGUUUUGCUCUCUUUGAUACAGGUUCAUUUCGAAAGGGAUCCCUCCACAGUUCCCCUUUCCUCCAUCCCUUGUGCUAAAACAUGAUAUAAAUAUAUUUAAUGUGCAAAUGAAACACAGUCUAUUUCUAAAUCACUGACAAAUAUCACAAUGUACUUUUAUUUUGAGUGUAAUUCAAUGUUUAUCUAAUUAACUUGUCUAUCAAACUUGUGUGCUUGCACAAAUAAUUGAUGUGUUUGGAGAAAGAACUCAGAAUGAAGAAAGACAAUGAUCUCAAGUAGUGACUGAAGGACAAUAUUUGCUCUUUUGGGGGAUUUUUCUAAAUGAUUCUGAUGGGAAAUCACGCCCUGACAGAUGCAUUUGGUACUAAUCUUUUGUAGUGCUGAGUGAUUUGUGUUUUUAUGACUCUCUAAUACUCAGUGAAAAGCAAACACGUUCUUCUCUAAUCUCUAGCAACAACAUGCAACAAGGAUUACUGGGUGACCUUAUGUAACAGAUUUGCGUUAAACCUUCUCACCACCCGAGCGUCUCGUCUGAUCUGUAGUGGUUCAAGAAUUGUGCAAGUUCCCACUUUAACGCGUGCAACUGAACUAAUGGAAGACUCCAACGUAGCACUUGGCCAUUUAAAGUGGAGGAACUAAAACAUUAAAAUAUUGUACUGCCGCUGAAAUUGUCACUGAAAUGGAUUUCAUGCUGUUACAGUUGAUCAAUGGGCCAAGUGGACACAAAUAGCUGCCACCAUUGACUACUUUUCAUCAUCACCUGAAAUGUACAUGCAGUAGUUCUGAUUUUUGUGUUUGUUCAUUUUUUAUCCAAUUUUGCAGAUUUAAUCAUGAUUCAAUCUUUACAUCACUUUUGUCUACGAUGGAAUUUUACAUUUAUUUGGUUUAAACAUUUCUAAUGUGGUCCGUUUUCUUUUGUUGGUUGUAUUAGAGUUGCAUAGUUGUAAUAUCAAAGGGAUAGCUCACAAGAAGAAGAUUGAUACCGCUCUAGUGGCAUGGAUCUUCUCAUCAUUCUCUCGUUUCUCACGGAUUCCACUCUUUGUGCUAAGCUAAGCUAACCAGCUACUGGCUUUAGCUUCAUAUUUACUGUUCCCAAGCUCACCAAUUAACAUCUUAUAACUCUUUUAUUUAAUCCAUAGAAAAACACAAGUGUUCAACAGAAAAAGUGAUAAUAAUGUUUUCUGUUGUUGCCAGUCUAUAUAUUUAGCUAAGGUAACUACCUGCUUGCUUUAGCCAUGUCUAAAAGGAAUAUGGAAUAGGGCUGUCACAAUUUCAUAUUUUUAACUUGUGACUAUAGUGGCCAAACAAAUUCACAAUAAAAAUGUCAUGACUAUCAAGGGUCUAACAAUUUCACAAAAACUAUAUUGUGAUAUCUAAAGGAAAUUUGUUAAAAUUGGCUGGCAAGUGAGUAAGUUUUACUAUUCCUCUAAUGUUGGUAUAUUUGCCAUUGCAUAUUGUGUAGAUUGUAAGAUUCUGGGGUUACUGCAGGUGAAAACCUCGACCUCUGACUCUUCUGGGAAAGUAUGCACAGUAGAGUGACUCACAUGAGAUGUGGAAUUAGAAGUGUCUCCUUCAUAUAUGUGAGUUGGAUUGAGUUAUGUAGAUACUUUGUGAGAUAACCUGACCUAUCUCUAUUGUGAGUUACUCACGUUGAUGUCUAUUCAACAUACGUCUUUCAUGUGAGAGUGACAGUGUGGCACUGAAAGUGAUGGAAAUGUGCAAACAUGACUGUACUGAGAAUAUAAGAAGAAAGUAGAUCUUCUGAGUAAGACAUGUAAAGCUAUGUUAAACUGACUCAAAUUGCUAUAUUGCAAAUGUGAAAUGAUAUUGAAAAGAAAACUUUUGAUGAGAGUUUGACUGGUUGCUUUUACCACACUGUCAAAUGCUUCUUUUGCCUCUUCUUUAGUCAACUUGAGUGUCUUUUUCGUUGUGGUCUGUGCCUCUCUGCUCAAUAUGAUUCAUUCUCGUUUAAAAGAUGUACAUAAACGCUCACUGUAUAUGACAAAUAAAGAAGAAAUGUGAUAA